GUGUCAUCAAACCCCAAGUGUCCGGGACAGUAAGAAUCUCCAUUUAGAUGCAUGUUUCACCAUCACUGAAUUCCAAAAUAGAAAAUAAAAUAAAAAUUCGAAUAUCUCUAAAAACUUAACUGCUUAAAUAACUUUCUAAUUUUGACAUUAAAGGAAGACUACUGUAUUUUCAAAAUGGUUACCAUUCGAACUGCCAAGCCGCAGGACUUGAUGAAUAUGCAGCACUGUAAUUUACUCUGCCUUCCUGAAAAUUAUCAGAUGAAGUAUUACUUUUACCAUGGCCUCUCUUGGCCUCAGCUUAGUUUUGUGGCUGAAGAUUCCAAGAAACGGAUCGUGGGAUACGUAUUGGCGAAAAUGGAGGAGGAAUCGGAAGAAGUUCCGCAUGGUCACAUUACGUCACUUGCAGUCCAACGGUCGCAUAGGCGGUUAGGCAUAGCCCAAAAACUAAUGGAUCAAGCAAGCCGAGCAAUGAUCGAAUCUUUCAAUACAAAAUACGUUUCACUUCAUGUGAGAAAAAGCAAUAGAGCAGCGCUGAACUUGUACACCAAUACGCUAAAGUUUAAAAUCAACGAAAUUGAACCCAAGUACUAUGCGGACGGAGAGGACGCUUACGCCAUGCGGAGGGACUUGGUGGAAUUUUCCAAGCUUCAUGACAUUGCACCAGCGUUCGCACCAUCUUUCUUUGACUGCAAAGGAAAAGGGUCGGGAGACGAUCAUCAUCAUCAUCACAACCACGACUGAAUUUUUUAUGACUACAAUUAUUAUUGCUCCUUCUAUGCUGUCGAUCUUACGAUUUGACAAGUUCCGUUUUGUUAGAUUUACUUGAAUUAACUUUUGCUGGAUUUAGUUGAAUUAACUUUUGUUAAAUUUAUUACAUUAAACUCAUCUAGUUGAUAUUAUAACCAGUA